AUGGCACCUCGAAGUCACGGAGGCCAACAGGAUACCUCUCGUUGUGUAAGAGAUGGUUCCCAUCAACCCGGCGUGGGUGUCAGUGUCACACGCUCAACAGAAGGAAAUCGCGGUGUCCUCAGCGCCAAUACUGGUGCGGGUAUCAACGCCAGAUGCUCCACUACGACCAUGUCUCGUGGUCGUGAUGGUAGUACUCAUGCUCAGCGACGCCAAUGCACUACACAAGUCCAUCGUGGUGCUGUCGGCCCCCGUUCUCAGAACGCGCGCGCUGGGAGACGUCAAGAUCAUGUUAGACCAAACGACGACGACUACUCCCGCCGUUCAUUAGCCUCUGGCACUCCAACCGGUACCAUCAACACCCCUACCAGCCUAGCUUCCAACGUCCGCUCUUCUACCAUACUCCCCGUUCGUCGUGUCAACUCUUGCCCAGGCCAUCUUUCAACUACCCUCCGUGGCCCAAGACUGACACGCAUCUUCCCGGAAUCUCAACGCCGUCUCGAUUCUAUGUCCCCCACCGGCCUCGAGUCCUCCUUCUCCAUUCUCCAGAAGCCUAUCCGCAUGCUCAAUACCCUCUCAUCUAUCUCUAACGCCACCACCGCCAACGCUAAUAGCAGUGGGGCACCCGGCUCUAUCGACUCCAUCAAUGGACAGGUAUAUGCCCCUCUUCCCGCCAUGCUCCCCAAAACCCCCAAACCACGACGACGACAACCAUUCUAUCGCGGCAGAGAUAAAGUAAAGCGUGCUGUCACGAACCCCAAUCUCCGCGCUAUCCUCGCCGAUAAGUCGUAUCCCAGGGAGCGGAGGAAGGCUGCUGGGGAGCGACCUGUGCUAAAGAUGGGGAUUAGCAAGGAGUAUAAGUGA